AUCAGCUCCAUGGAAGCAGGAAACCAUACAGAAAUAUCAGAAUUUCUGCUCCUGGGUCUCUCAGAGGAUCCUGAACUACAGCCCUUCCUGUUUGGAGUGUUACUGUCCAUGUACCUGGUCACUCUACUUGGGAACCUUCUCAUCAUCCUGGCCAUCAGCUCUGACUCCCGUCUCCACUCCCCCAUGUACUUCUUCCUCUCCAACCUAUCCUCUAUUGACAUCUGUUUCACCUCCACCAUUAUUCCAAAGAUGCUGAUGAACAUCCAGGCACAGAGCAAAGCCAUCUCUUACAUCGGCUGCUUCACUCAGGUGUAUUUUUUUAUGAUUUUUGCUGGAAUGGAUGGUUUCCUCCUGACUGUGAUGGCCUAUGAUCGGUAUGUGGCCAUCUGCCACCCCCUGCACUACCUGGUCAUCAUGAACCCCUGGCUCUGUGGCUUCCUGGUUCUGUUGUGUUGGUUCAUCAUUUUCUGGGUCUCCCUCGCUCAUAUUCUAUUGAUGAGGCGGUUGUCCUUCUGUGUAGGUACUGAAAUUCCACAUUUCUUCUGUGAACUGACUCAGAUUCUCAAGGUGGCCUGCUCUGACACCCUCAUCAAUGAUAUCUUCUUAUAUGUGACUACUGCUUUACUGGGCGUGCUUCCCUUUAGUGGAAUUCUCUUUUCUUACUCUAAGAUUGUCUCCUCUUUAAUGAGAAUGUCCUCUGCAGAGGGAAAAUAUAAAGCAUUUUCCACCUGUGGGUCUCACCUCUCCGUGGUCUCCUUGUACUAUGGGACAAGCCUGGGGGUCUACCUCAGUUCUGCUGUGAUCCAUUCUACCCAUUACAACUCAGUUGCCUCAGUAAUGUACACCAUAGUCACCCCCAUGCUGAACCCCUUUAUUUACAGCCUGAGGAACAAGGAUGUGAAGGGGGCCCUGAGAAAACUCUUUAGCCAAGGAGCCCCUUGUCUGUGAUUGGCCUCUCACUUCAGAACUAAGUAAACAUUAAAGUUUCCAAAGGCCAAUGUCAUAGAUUUCAAUCUGAUUCUUUAUCUUUCCUGAAACACAAGCUUCGUUUCUAUUCUCAAAGAUCCUAUGAUUGCCUUUU